UGUAGUAAGCAAUAAGAGAAGAAAAGAAUGACGGGACAAAGCUUGAGAAAUCUCAAAGUUGUGGUGUUCAUCUUCCUAGCCCUUGCUUCUGGAUGGAUGGUGGUGCAGACGGAGGGGCGGACUUGCUAUAAACACAAUGAUGCAUUUAUAGGACCGUGCACUUCGACAGCGGCAUGUGCUGACUUUUGCAUUUCUUUUGAGGGGUGGGAUGAUGGAUUUUGCUCGGGUGAUAAAUGCACUUGUACGAAGCAAUGUGCUAAGCCCAUGCUUUAAUAGGUUUGUAGUUCACCACAGUAGUUGCUUUCUAAAUGUAAU